AACACCGAUUACACACACUAUUCGUUAAACACUUGUGAUAGAGAUAGACAAGCAAACCCAAAGAAUAUGCAAUCUACAAGUACAAUGGAGAAGCUGAAAAACACUGCUAGUGCUGCCAAGGAGCACGCCGACAUCUAUAAAGCCAAAAUAGACGAGAAGACAGAGAAAGCAAUGGCAAGAACAGAAGAGGAGAAAGUGAUAGCGCAUGAGCGUGCAAAGGCUAAAGAAGCUAAAGCAAAGAUGGAACUACAUGAAGCUAAAGCGAAGCAUGCAGCAGAGAAGCUUAGCGCGAAACAGUCACAUUAUUACGGUGGUCACCAUGAAGCUCAACCAGUUGGGUCAAUUUCCAAACCUGGAACCACUUUUCCAACUUAUCCACCAGGAGGAGGAAACCUUCCACCAAACAACCACAUAUAAUCACAUGUAUAUGUCUUCUCUCUGUGUUUCAAUCCAGCUUCCACGUUAUAAUCCUUCUUGGAAUUUCUUUUAUAUAUGUAUUUGAGGAGGAUGGCAAUUCAAAUUUUGAUUCCUCUAGUAUAGUUUCGAUCGAGUAGUACCUUAUGAUAUUAUUUAAUUAAGUAUAUCCAUCUCAAAAAAUAUUGUAGAACUAUGAUCUCUAAAUGGAUUGAAGAAUUUAUAGUUUUUGAACCUCA